CUCUCCAUCUAGGGUUUCUCUCUCUCUCUCUCUCUCUCAACCUAGAACGAAACCCUAGAAGCCAUGGCGAAUUACGACCUCACAUCUCGAAUCGCUCCUCAUCUCGACCGCCAUCUGGUUUUCCCCUUGCUCGAGUUCCUUCAGGAGCGCGGUUUUUACAACGACGAUGACAUCUUGAAGGCCAAGAUCGAGCUUUUGAGCAAAACGAACAUGGUUGAUUACGCUAUGGACAUCCACAAGAACCUCUAUCACACUGAAGAGGUUCCUCAAGAGAUGUUUAAUAGGAGAACGGAGGUCGUUUCGAGGCUGAAAUCAUUGGAGGAGUCUGCAGCUCCUUUGAUUUCGUUCCUUCAGAAUCCGUCUUAUGUUCAGGAGCUCAAGGCUGAUAAGCAAUACAACGUCCAGAUGCUCAAUGACCGGUUUAAGAUUGGUCCAGAGCAGAUAGAAGCUUUAUAUCAGUAUGCAAAGUUCCAGUUUGAGUGUGGGAACUACUCUGCUGCAUCUGAAUUUUUGUAUCAAUAUCGUGCAUUGUGCACUAACAGUGAAAGGAGCCUUAGUGUACUUUGGGGAAAGCUUGCAGCUGAGAUUUUAAUGCAGAACUGGGAUGAAGCUCUUGAGGAACUGAAUCGCUUGAAAGAGAUAAUUGACUCAAAGAGCUUUUCAUCUCCUUUGAGUCAGUUGCAAAAUAGGAUAUGGCUGAUGCAUUGGAGCCUUUUCAUCUUCUUUAACCAUGAAAAUGGGAGAAAUGGCAUCAUAGACCUGUUUUUCCAGGAUAAGUACUUGAAUGCUAUCCAAACAAAUGCCCAUCACCUUCUACGAUAUGUUGCUACUGCUGUUGUUGUCAACAAACGAAAGAGAAACAUGCUUAAGGAGUUGAUCAAAGUUAUUCAGCAAGAGCAGCAUUCUUACAAGGAUCCCAUUACCGAGUUUAUAGAAUGUCUUUAUGUUAACUAUGACUUUGAAGGUGCACAGAAUAAACUUAGAGAAUGUGAAGAAGUAAUUUUGAAUGAUCCCUUUCUUGGCAAGCGCAUUGAAGAUGGUAACUUUGCAACCGUACCUUUGAGGGACGAGUUUCUUGAGAAUGCCCGAUUGUUCAUUUUCGAGACUUAUUGCCGUAUACACCAGUGUAUUGAUAUCAGCAUGCUUGCGGAAAAGUUGAACAUGAACUAUGACGAGGCAGAGAGAUGGAUAAUGAAUCUUGUUCGGAACUCGAAGCUUGAAGCCAAGAUUGAUUCAGUUGCUGGAACUGUUAUAAUGGGGACCAAUCAUCCCAAUGUGCAUGAACAAAUAAUUGAGAGCAUGAAGAAUAUAAAUAUGCGAACCUAUGUAUUGGCAAAGAGCAUUUUAGAUCCUGCACAAGCUGCGCAAGCUGCUCGUUAGUGAAAAGAGGUUUAUCCCAAUAUUUGUAUCGAAUUAUAGACUUGACGAGGAGAACGUUUUUUGCAAGUUUUGCAGUUAUUUAUAGAAUUAGAUUUUUAGUUUGUUCUAUUUAGUUGAUGGAUCGUAUAAAGAUUUUGUGUAUGCCGUUUACUAUUUGUAUGUUGCAAAAUUGUCAUUUCAAACAGAAUAUUUCCCUUUGAGCAUUAGAAGAAGAUUGGUUUUCUUUCGUGGUA